AUGCAACUCGAAAUCGGACGUCAUAGCGAUAGUAUGACAGCUGGACCAGGUAUCAAUGAUAAUGGUAUCGCCGCAGGUGGCCUCUUUUCAGGUGCAGAUGAUUAUAAAAUGCAAGCGCAACGUGAUAGAUUUGAUACAAGUCCUGGACAAGGAUUAGGUGGUACUGCAGAUGCCAGUCAACAUCCUUACUACCAUAAGGCAUGUGAUACCAUCCGAAAUAUUAAUAUCAUUACCUACGAAAAAAUGGUACAAGAAGCUGCUUUUGUAAUCGAAUCAUUGGCUCGACAAACUGAUUUGAAAGCGUGGCUCUAUCCGGCAGCUGCUAAUUGA